GAAAUAAACAUGUGAGGGAGAGGAGACGGGGAAAGGAGAAAAGAAGUCAGACUUCCAGAGCAAAAGAGCCCCUUAGGACGUCAUGGCCAGCGGUCUUCGGUAGAGGGGAUACCUUGCAGCCAGAUCUUGAUGUAGAUCUGGUGGAGGGAAGUGGACCUCUUGAAAAAUGGUGGUGUGAAGAGGACCUCCUAGCUGGGGACUUCAGAAUUGAAAAACGUCUAAUAACAUCUCCUAAGGAAGGAUUUUUCUAGUCUGGAUCAUUUCUUGAUCCAGUGAGUUUUUCAAGAUUACCACUGUAUUUUUUUUCUCUCUCCCACCCUCUUGAGACUUUUCCCAUCCGUCCACCUCAGGACUUUCUACCGGCAAGAAGAUCCUUUCCAAGGUGUGGUGGUACACGAAGCAACCUUCUUCUGCCUCCUCUACUCCGAACUGGAACGAGGGCCUUGGUUUCCGCGUCGUUGGGAAUUAUGUCAACGUUGUCGGAAGCCUCGGAUGGAAACGCAAAGGGGAUACAGCCGCAAACUCUCUCGGGAACAUCCAGCAGAGAAAGUAGUGGAGAAAAUGGCGAGACCUCUCGGGGCAAAUCUUCUGAUUCCAGUGGUGAAGAGGAAGCAAGCCUGGGCCAAAAGAAGCCUCGUAGGCACAGGACCCAUUUCACCAGCCAGCAGCUGCAGGAGCUGGAGGCUACUUUUCAGCGAAAUCGCUACCCGGACAUGAGCACAAGGGAAGAGAUAGCAGGCUGGACCAAUCUGACGGAGCCACGGAUAAGGGUUUGGUUCAAGAACCGAAGAGCCAAGUGGAGGAAGAAGGAACGCCAUCAGCAGACGGAGCUUUGCAAAGGAGCCUUUGGGUCACAGCUUAAUGGUUUGACCGGAAACCCUUACGAUGACCUUUACCCGACCUAUACCUAUAAUACCUGGACUCCCAAGGGGCUACACAACAGCCCUAUCCACGGCAAAGGCUUCCAGCUCUUCAACUCCAUCAACCUCAAUUCUUUUGCACCCCAGAAUGUUUUCCCAACAGCCGCCGGAGCUUCUCUGCCUGGGGUCCCAUCUCUGGAGAACUUCAACAGCCUGGCAAGUCCACCCGGGCACUCGGGCUCAAUGUACGGGCCUGGUGCCCCUUCGCCCUACAUGUACAGGGACCCCUGUAACUCAAGCCUGGCGGGAUUGAGACUCAGAGCCAAACAGUCACAAUCUUCUCUCAGUUAUGGCGCUCCCCAAAACAUCAGCCCCAGCUCCAGCCAGUAUCACCUGGAUAGGCCAGUGUGACGCUGGGUUGCAGGUCGAGAGGUGAUCAGAAUUGUAUCCCGUUAAGAAUCUUACCAGCGGCCUCCGUAAAAAUAAUUUGGACAGCCUCUUCAAGUCCUGGCUAGGGAAAGAUUAGGGUUGGCCCACAAGUGGUGAAAUCCAAAUUCUUUUACUAGCGGUUCUGUGGGCAUGGCUUAGUGGGCAUAGCAGGGGAAGGAUACUGCAAAAUCCCCAUUCCCACCCCACUCCUGGGGCCAGCCAGAGGUGGCAUUUGCCGGUUCUCCAAACUACUCAAAAUUUCCGCUACUGGUUCUCCGAACUACUCAAAAUUUCUGCUAUCGGUUCUCCAGAACCUGUCAGAACCUGCUGGAUUUCACCCCUGGUUGGCCAAUAUUUCUGGGUUGUCUCCUUUCUGAAGACCAUUUUCAAGUAUUUUCUUAGCCCGGAUCUUAACUUUGGUUGAAGGCGAUAAGCAGCCAACGGUAUCGUCUGAUUUCAUCUGAUCUGUUCGGGGUCAGAUACCCGAGAGAGUUGAAAUUAAUUAAAAUUAAUAAUGAUCCUGGAAAGAUGGUGGGAUCAGAUGUUGGAAGAAGAUAGAGGGGGAAAAAAAACCCAUCUGUUUUUACUCAUCAAAGCAGAAGGUCUCAAAAAGAAAAGGAGGAGAGAGAGAGAGAAAAUAAAACACUCAACCCUCCUCUCUACCAAGGCAGUCUUCUUCAACUUGGCCAAAAAACCCCGGGGUGUUGGAUUACAAUUCCUCUCCUCCUCAGCCAGGAUAGCCAUAACAACUCAGUUCAACUCAGCUAGUAAGCACCACAUACAGGAAGGCAGAUUUGGAGAAUAGGCCCAAGGAGGCAGGUAACUGGCGCUCUUUUCAUCUUCUUUAAUCUCUGCACCACUGUUAACCUCAGUUUCCCUUCCUGGGUACCUCUUGCCCCCAAUAAUCUGGGUCCUCAUUUUACCCACCUCUGAAGGAUGGAAGGCUGAGUCAACCUUGAGCUGGUCAGGAUUGAACUCCUGGACAGAGUCAGCCUGCAAUACUGCAGUGUAACUACUGCAUUCUAACUACGGAGAGAGGGAGGGAGAGAAGGAAGGAAGGAAGGAAAGAAAGAAGGAAGGAAAACAGUAAUAGCAUUUAGACUUAUAUACUGCUUCAUAAUGUUUUACAGCCCUCUCUAAGCAGUUUACUUUUUCGCAAGUGGGUUGCUUUUUCGCAAUGUAUUGCAAAUAAUCAGAUACCUGUACAAUUAGCACAGGGGCCCCCAAGGCUGUGUGCUCUCCCCACUUCUCUUCUCUCUGUAUACCAAUGACUGCAUCUCAAACGAUCCAUCUGUUAAAUUACUGAAGUUCACAGAUGACACAACAGUGGUCGGUCUCAUUCGAGACAAUGAUGAAUCCACAUAUAGACGGGAGGUUGAAUGACUAGCCUCGUGGUUCGACCAGAUCAAUCUGGAACUGAACACACUCAAAACCGUAGAAAUUGUGAUAAACUUUAGGAGAAACCCUCCCAUACUUCCACCUCUCACAAUACUAGACAACACAGGAUUAACAGUGGAGACCUUCACAUUUCUAGGUUCUACCAUAUCACAAGAUCUAAAAUGGACACCUAACAUCAAAAAGUCAUCAAAAAAGCACAACAAAGAAUGUUCUUUCUGCGCCAACUCAGAAAGCUCAAACUGCCCAAGGAGCUGCUGAUCCAGUUCUACAGAGGGAUUAUUGAGUCUAUCAUCUGCACCUCUAGAACUGUCUGGUUUGGUUCCGCAACCCAACAAGACACAGACUUCAGAGGAUAAUCAGAACUGCAGAAAAACUAUGGCUACCAACCUGCCUUCCAUUGAGGAGCUGCAUACUGCACAAGUCAAAAAGAGGGCUGUGGAAAUAUCUACAGACUCCUCGCAUCCUGGACAUAAAUUGUUUCAACUCCUAACCUCAAAACGACGCUAUAGAGCACUGCACACCAGAAGUACUAGACACAAGGACAGUUUUUCCCCGAACGCCAUCACUCUGCUAAACAAAUAAUUCCCUCAACCCUGUCAAACUAUUUACUAAGUCUGCACUACUAUUAAUCUUCUCAUCGUUCCCAUCACCCAUCUCCUCCCACUUAUGACUGUAUGACUGUAACUUUGUUGCUUGUAUCCUUACAAUUUAUAUUGAUCUUGAUAUUGUUUCCUGAUUUGUACCCUAUGACUAUCAUUAAGUGUUGUAUUUUAUGAUUCUUGACGAACGUAUCUUUUCUUUUAUGUACACUGAGAGUAUCUGCACCAAAGACAAAUUCCUUGUGUGUCCAAUCACACUUGGCCAAUAAAAAAUUCUACUCUAUUCUAUUCCAUAACUUA